AUGUCUUACCCAAACUAUCUUGACGACAUGGAACCCCAACUCGCCAGCUACUUAGGCGAAGAUUCAUCGACAUUCUCAUCCAAUGAGAAUCCAACUGCUUCCGCCGCCGUAGAUUCCCUAGAAGAGACACCCUACGACGCGAAUGGACAGUUCACCUGGGAAGAUUUCCUCAGGGAAGAGGGAUUGGAAAUGAAUUCCCCUCAUCCCACCACAUUGGAAUGGAAUCCAAGACAGGCAGAGUUCUAUGGGGAUGAAGAUGUUGCGCCUCUAACGGUCGAUGAGCCUAGCUCCGAAGAGCCUACGCAGUCGUCAAGACAAAAGGAAGAGGCUCCCAUCAAUAUCGCAAGCGACAGUACCAAUGAGCAGCCGAUUGCAACACCUUCCGAGCCUAUGUCUCAACCGGAAGAGAACACCAACAUCCCUGAAGACGUCUCUAUUUUUGUCGAAGGCAAAACUGAUGAAAACACCGGAGAUAAUUCGAACGUUCAAUCGGUUGCCGCGGACUUCCAGCCUUCAAAUUCCCUCGAGCUAGAGCAAGAGGAGAAUAUCGACAAUGAUGACAAUGAUUCUCUUUUCGGCGGCAGCACUUCCAAUGACGUCGAGGCACCAAAUUUCGAUGAAGAACACCAAUCCGAGGCUAUGGCACAAGAAGCCAACAGCACUCCCGAGUUUGUGGCUGAUACACUACAUAAUGCCGACAGUGCUGCUUCUGCACCUAUUACCCCGGAUGCGGAUCUAAACGGUGUCAACGCGGAUAAUGACAAUGAUUCUUUGUUUGGUGACGUUGAUAAUUCUGGUGUCGGUGACAGCUUCCAGCCCCCAGAGAACCAAUCGCUCACAGGUGAUAAUGCACCUCUUGAAGCACCAACCGAUAAUGUCGACGACCUCUUUGGCCCCGCAUUCGGGGAUGACUUCGAGGCGGAACUUGCGGCGGAACUCGAGGUUGAACUUAGGAGAGACAGCACCAAUGCUAUGGCUCCCGUCGUUCCAACGCACACUAGGCUUCAUCUUCCAAAGCCUCCUCGGAAGAUGGCCAGAUCUCAGGGUCUAUAUCUUCCAGACCCACCACGUGCGAUCGCCAAUCCACAGGGAUUACACCUCCCUGCACCUCCUCAGAUGUUGGUUGCUCCUCAGGGACUGCACCUCCCCGACCCCCCACGUGUAGUGGCUAGUUCCCAAGGGCUAAACCUUCCUGUCCCUCCUCGCAUGGUGGCCGGCCCACAGGGGCUCCACCUACCAAGUCUACCCCCUGCAAUAGGUUCACAGCAAAGUGAAGUCGCCACAUCGGCUCCAGUACAAACUGGUAACCAAGAGGUAGAAGCUCCGAACAGCCGCCGCAGAGUCAGAGCUAGCAGAAUCCCAAGAUCGGAUAUGAGCCGACCCAAAGGUAGGGGACAAGCUGGCAAAAUCAUGACGCAACUCUCUGGGCCAGCUCCUUCCAAGUUGCCAGAGCCUGUGCCAAGCUCAUCUUCUAGAGCUGACGAUACCGCUGAGAAAGUCACUCGUUUGCCUCGAUGGGCUUUUGGCAAAUACACUACUUUUAGCAAGCCCGUAGCUGGUGGUAAGUAUCGGGAGCCAAAUAACUCGGUGCAAAACCCAACACCAGGCGAAGAUGAGCCAGAAUCGGUUGACAAGACGAAUGAAAACAAUUCUGGUAACCAAAAUAUUGUUCAACCAGCUUCGUCAAUCCCAGACGCCAUUGACCUCACGUCUGAUACUCAAGAACCCUUGGCUAUGGAGGGUACCGUGCAGGGAAAUCCAGCUGUCAAUCAUAAUAGUGGUCAGGGAUCUACUCGUCCUCACGAGGACUUCCAGAUCCCUGCCUUCGGGAGUGAGAUGGCAUUGACAUAUGACAAUGACCAGUUUCAGACUUUUCCCGACGAACUGAGCUUUCCCACGUUUAUGGAUGAUGCAGAUCCAGCUCCACAAUUACAGAGUUAUCAGUCUCAUAAUUCUGCGACCCUGGACAUUGUAGCACCUGUUGCCCCUCAGUGUGAGGUUCUUUCUCCUCCUAUAAUGGAGAAUUUCUCGCCAUAUGGACAAGCUCCAUUGGCUGACAGCUACAAUAGCCACCCAGUAAAAGUGGCUAAUGUACAUGGUACAGACCCAUUUUUGGAUCCGUCUCCAUAUGCCAUGGAACAGAUCGCCGCACAAAGUUACCAGCCCGCUAUGCAGCCAAUGCAGACUGGAAACUUUGAACAAGGAAGCGGGUAUGCUAUAGGUAAUGACAUAGCUCAAAACACCUCUGGGAAUGUUGGGGGCAACAAUUCUUCGGCAAUGAACAACAGUCGCCCUAAGAAGCGUCUCAGUCACGAACGUGCUGAGUAUGGCGACCCUCGAGUAUUAAUGACAUACGACGAGUUCAAGCAAGUCUUCCCACAAGAACAGACACGUGGGUGUUUUGAGACCGCUAUUCAGAACGAACGAGCAGCGGACGCGACAUUAGUCGCUAGAGGAGGAGUUCCUCCACAGAGACCGACCAUCCGAAAGUCGAUCAUUUGCACCUGGAGCCAGGUGCAACAUCUGAAUCGAAUUCGUGCUGCCAAUGGCGAAAAGCUUUUCGAACCCAAGCCGAAUGCUCACAAGCGACCCGAAGCAUUCAAAGAAAGCUUGAGGAGGAAGAGACAAGAGCGUGGUGAGAUCUCAGAAUCCGAGGAAUCUGACAUGGAGCCAGAGGCAAAGCGACUGAGACUCGCUCAAGAGCCAAUACAAAUGGAACCAUCAUCUGGUGAACAGAAUGGAGAACGUAGCUCAGAGAUACGUUCCAUUCAGCCUGAUAAUCCUCAAGUAUCGGUUAAUGCAUCACGUCCUCCCCCGAACCACGGGAUUCCUCGGAGCCCUCACACUCAGAAUGUGGAUCAAGUCUCAUCUAUGCAGAUCCAUCAACCAGUGCCACAGUCUUUCAAGAGAAAGAUGGGGCCGGAGCAGUUGGAGAGCUUUGAGUCCAUGGGGCAGGAAGUGCGACCAACUGCCAAGAGACCGAGAAUUGCCGCACCAUCGAGCCAAACUAGCCGGCCAAUUAUCAACCAACCUGUGGCUAAAGAUUUCAAAGACUACAUCUCAGAGAGACAGUCUGAAUACCUGAAGCUACGAGUGCCAGAGCUGAGGCAGCUAUGUAAGACUCGCGACGUCAAACAUGGCAAUAUCAAUAACUUGUCAAAAGGCGGUCUGGUCGGUGUUUUAGUGGGUCAGGAUGUAAGCCGCCAUCCUGUUCACAGGCAAGUACACAACCAAGCUCAGGCUGGAUUGAGAGCCCAAAGAGGUCAUCCAAUAUCUAAUGUCGUCGGAAUGGGUAGAAUGAACCCACCAAGUGUUGCUGCAAACCGUAGUCAGCAACAACCUAAGGUACCGAAUGGCUGGGGAACACGUCAGAAUCUACCAGCAUCUAAUGUUGGUCCAGACUAUGGCAUGGGAUCGAACCAUCAUCAGCGCGCCUCUUCCCAGUUCCACAAUACUGGUAGCAAUAGAGCACCUGGCUCGGCACCCAUGAGAUUUGGCAACAGUGCGCUGCCUGUGACAAAUUCGGGGCUUAAUAGAGGUCCAAGUCAUGGUAGUUCAUGGCCAGUCAAUGUCGCUCGUGUUCAACAGCUGCACAUGAAUGGUAAUCCUAGUGGACUGGCCAAGAAUGGUGGUCAACCACUGACCAGCACCAGGGACCAAUCAAACAUGAGCCAGGGUUAUCAAGGUUCCACGAUGCAUCCAAGUCCCGCUAAUCCGUACGCUCAAUCAAGACUGCCAGUCAGCGUCCACCACAAUGGUUACAGCAACGGCGGCAUCCAACCGAAUCUGAAUGGAAGUCGCAAUAACCAUCACAGCGCCAACACUCAGGUCCCAGCUUAUGUUAUCGAUGGUGAUUUUGGUGCUGGCAUUUAUCAGCCGGCAGUUGAUGACCGUCGGAGAAAACCGAGAAUCGCCGGACAAGAUGUGCCUAGCCGCGCUCCUCGAGGCAAUAAGAGGAGCCUCCCACAACCUGCGAUGAACAACACCGCAAGACCUGCGACCCGCGCAAACAUUGGUGGUGAUCCCCGAAGGUUGAUGCAGAAUCGUCCUCAAAGUGGCCUCUAUCCGGCUCCUAGGCAAGGUCUUUCACAGGGAGCCCGUCAACUGCAUGCCGUAGCCCCAGGAUUGCCACAAUUUCACUUUGGUCGGCGCCCUGCCAAUCCAUUCAGUGGGUAG